AAUCGGAUCGGAUGGUUUAAAGUAGCUUGCGCUUAUAAACAAACAAUGUUGUUACGUCAUAUAAAUGUGCCAGGGCAACCCACUACCAGUGUCAGCAGUUUAUCAGUGGAACUGUCAAUUGUGUACCUAAGCAAAAAAGUGAAAGUAAUAAUUUGCUUUUACGGUACAUGCGUACCGUUACUACUAUUAUUUAGCUGCAUUGCAGUAAACUGUUCAUUCAUAUAUUAUGCAAUGUUUCAGGGCAUACAAAUACUUCACUCUACAUUCGGUCUAAGAUUCUUUCCUAAAUAAUAAUUAAAAUACACCAAAACAAGUUGUCAAUAAUAAUAUAGGUGUUAACUGUUUGUGUAUAUUUGUAUAAAUUUUAAUAGUGAUGACAUGUGUGAGUUGUGUUAAAAUGGAUUAUGGAGUCGAAGACGGUCAAAUACCAAGGGAAUUUAUAGAAUUUGAUUUUGCCGAAGAUGCUUUGGAAUUUGAGACGCAAUUGGCAGAAGCUCGUGAUGUGAAGUUUACCCAGAAACUGAGUGAGCCGUUAUCCAUUGGAUCACACAUUGUUUGCACUGGAACACUAAGCGAAGAUCUGCCAUGGUUUGCAGUGAACAUUGGUUGUGGAGACGUUGACUCUGUCCAGAGUGACAUAGCUGUUCACUUCAAUGUUCGCCUUCCACAAUGCUACGUUGUCAGAAAUACACGUUACCGAAACAAAUGGGGACCUGAGGAAACCACGGCGUUUAGAAUAUUUCCUUUCAAACUAGAUCGUCCGUUCACAAUAGAAGUAGUAGUUGACGAAAAAGAAACUUUGUGGGCAGUUGACGGAGAACAUUAUUGCAGUUUUGCGCACAGGAACCCUAGUGCACUAGCAGCCGUAUGGGUCCAAGUAACAGGCGUUCGAGAUGCUGCAUUAAACAUCAAUAAGACUGAAAUAUACCCCACCUUAGCACCGCCACCUGCAGAGGUGCCUUUUAGAGUAUCCUUGGACGCGCCAGUUGAGGGUAUCGAGCCGAAUUGGAGGCCGAAUAUAAUCGCUGCCUUAACUAAAGGAAUACCCGAGGGUCAUCAAAUUGUUAUUCGCGGAAAAUUGCGUCCAAUGCUGCACUCAUUCGCCAUCGAUCUGGUGGAUGUGGCGCGCGAGUGGCCACGCCCCAACGUGCUCUUGCACACCAACCUUCGUGCGCACGAUCACGCACAGCGCGACCGCCAGCUCGUCGUGCUCAAUGCUUGGCUUGGAGCAUGGGGGCCCGAGCGACGCCAAAGGACGGCGCGACUCAUCCCCGCACAAUUUACUACGUUCCGCAUCAUUCGAGGAGCGAACGAGUGGUCAGUGUAUGCCGACGAUGUACUUAUAGGUGAACUAGAGUAUCGUGCCUCUCCUGCCGGUGCCAAAGCUGUGAGACUGCGUGGGGACUUGUACCCACAACAAAUAUAUAUAUGCCCCUCCACGAGCUCACCUAUUGGUGAUAACGCCCGUCCAUGAACGGCAGUGUCUAUUGCUGUCAACAUGUUAUUACUUAAUUGCCGUAUGGCAGUAACGAUUUAGCUUCAAUUUUGAUGGCUAUCAAUGUAUUUGCGCCUUAAUCUGUUUGACAAAUAAUAAGUAGGUAUGUUUUUACUAUUGCAUAAUUAUAAGCACUCACAAUCAACUUAGAGCAUACCUAUACAGGACAUGACUUCACAUGAUUCGCUUGUACACUUAUUAGUCGUCAUAUUGAAGUGACUAUUAUUGCUUACUCAAGUGUAAAAUGAUGUAAUAUUCAACUUUCAUAAAACUCCGAAUUUUAUAUUACUAUUAGAAAGACUAAUAAGACACAAUCGGCAUAAGCAAAUAACAUCAUGCCCUCAAUUCAUCUCAGUUUGAGAGAAGCUUCGUUUGAAACUAUAAUCCAAUAUAACUGCCACUACUUAUAUGAAAUUAAAAAGAGAAUAUUAGGUAUAUAUGUAAAAUUUGAAUCUGUACAAUAAUAAUACAAUUUUUAUUCAAACCAAAAUGUACUCUCUCAUAGUUUUAAUUUUUGACUAUUUUCGUUUUAUUAAAUAAGUUAUUUUACUUUUAACAUUUUUGUAUAAGUACUUAUAUUAAGUAGAUAUCUUAAUGGUAUACUUUACUGUUUUGUGAUUAUCACAAUAAUGUACCUUAAAUUGUUAUGUUUAAUAUAAAAAAAGCUAUUUACAAUAUUAAUUUUAUACUUUACUAAUAAAGAUAAUGUCAAUUUGA